AUGUUCUGCAGAUACAUUUGCUUCCUCAGUCUGUGUCUUUUCCUUCCAACCUCAAGGAGGUGCUCCCUGGGUCACAUAUCCGACUUGCACAGCAGCGACACAACAUCCCUCCCUGGAUUCGAGAACCUCACCAUGGGAUACAACAAAUACCUCAGGCCCUACUUUGGCGGAGAACCUGUUCAAAUUGCAAUGAGUUUGGACAUUGCAAGUAUUUCUAGUAUAUCUGAGAGUGACAUGGAUUACACAGCCACUAUAUAUUUGCGACAGCGCUGGACAGACCCCCGAUUGGUCUUUCAUGGCAACAAGAGCUUCACGCUAGAUGCUCGCCUAGUGGAAUUGCUCUGGGUACCAGACACGUACAUUGUGGAGUCAAAAAGGUCCUUCCUGCAUGAUGUCACUGUGGGGAACCGCCUCAUAAGGCUGUUCUCUAAUGGCACUAUCUUGUAUGCCUUAAGAAUCACUACAACUGUUGCUUGUAACAUGGACCUGUCAAAAUAUCCCAUGGACACACAAACAUGCAGACUGCAGCUAGAAAGCUGGGGAUAUGAUGAAAACGAUGUCAUCUUCACAUGGUUGAGAGGAAAUGACUCUGUCCAUGGCAUAGAAAAGUUGCGUCUCUCUCAGUACACAGUGGAACGUUACUAUACCCUGGUCUCAAAGUCACAGCAGGAAACAGGCAGUUACCCACGACUGAUCUUGCAGUUUGAGCUGAGAAGAAAUGUCCUUUACUUCAUUUUGGAGACCUAUGUGCCCUCCACUCUGCUCGUCAUGUUGUCCUGGGUUUCUUUUUGGAUCACAUUGGAUUCAGUGCCUGCAAGAACCUGCAUUGGAGUCACGACGGUGCUUUCCAUGACAACUCUGAUGAUCGGCUCACGAAGUUCACUUUCAAAAACUAACUGUUUCAUUAAGGCCAUUGAUGUUUACCUUGGCAUCUGCUUCAGCUUCAUCUUUGGUGCCCUUGUGGAAUAUGCAGUGGCUCACUACAGCUCAUCACAGAAGUGUGCAGCUAAAGCACCUCAAGAGGGGCCUGCAAACGAACGUACUAAAGAAAUGGAAGAAGUCAACAUCACUAACAUCCUCAACAGCUCCAUCACCAGCUAUAAACGGAAAAUCAGCUUUACAAGCAUUGAGAUUUCCAGCGAUAAUGUUAACUGCAGUGGCUUGACCAUGAAAACUCAUGAGAAAAUCAAAUGUGUCUUGAGAAACAAAAUGCACAGGAUUAUUGGUUAUUUCACAAUUCAGAACCCCAGCAAUGUAGACCACUACUCCAAACUGCUUUUCCCUUUGUUUUUUAUGCUCGUCAAUGUGUUCUAUUGGGCUUAUUACCUAUAUUUUUAG